AUGGAUGCACUUGUUGCCGAGGUCGUCCGUCGCCGAAAAAAUGCAAUUAGUGUUUUUUUGUUAAUUGAAGGAUUAAGACGAAGAAAUAAUAGUAAGAAGCCAGUUAGAUUAUGGAGUCGUUCGUGGCUAUUGCGUCGUGACAAGCAUCAAAGUGUUCUGAAUAUGCUUUUUGAAGAACUUGGCCCAGAAAAUCCUGCAUGUUUCACAAAUUUUACCCGAAUGCAGGAAGAUUAUUGGAAUGAAUUACUGAUACUUGAUAGACUUUCUGUUACUCUUCGAUACUUGGCAACCGGUAAUACCUUCAAAGAUCUGAGCUACUCCACACGUAUUGCUCCCAAUACUAUUUCAAGCAUUGUUCGCUCUACUUUAGCAGCAAUUAUUCAAAUUCUAGAACCUAGAGUAAUCACUUUUCCAUCAACAGCAGAAGAAUGGGCUCUAGUUGGUCAUAAAUUUGAGACGUUGUGGAAUUUUCCUCAUUGUAUUGGCUCGUUGGAUGGAAAACACAUAAAUUUUCGUCCAGCUAGGAAAGAGGGAUCCAAAUUUAGAAAUUAUAAAGGGAAAGAUAGCAUUGUUUUGCUAGCCUUGGUUGAUGCUGAAUACAGAUUCUUGUUUGUUGAUAUUGGAAUGAAUGGUCGCAUGCACGAUUCAGAUGUCUUCCGUGAAAGUCCAUUGGGUAACAAAAUAUAUUCCAAUGCUUUACCUUUACCUUCCCCAUGUGAAGUACCUGGAUUCAAUUACAAAUUGCCAUAUGUGAUUGUUGGGGAUGAUGCAUUUGCCCUAAAGCCAAAUUUACUGAAACCUUAUCCAAGUCGAGGCUUGACACUUGAUAAAAGAAUUUUCAACUACAGAUUGAGCCGUGCCAGAAGAACUGUUGAAAAUGCAUUUGGUAUUCUUGCUAAUAGAUGGAGAGUUUUACUUUCUACCAUACCCCUUGACGUUGGUAUGGUUGAAACAAUUACAUAUGCUUGUGUGCUUUUACAUAAUUACCUCAUCACCAAGAAAAACUCACAUCAAUGGUAUGUACCUAACAACUAUAGAAUUUCAAACAAUUCUAAUGCAAACAGUCAUGAAGAACAAUUAUCUGAACAUCAGUAUGGUUUGGAGCAACAGACUGGUAAUCGCAGCAGUAAUAACGCCUUAGAGAUCCGUGAUAAAUUUUGCGAGUAUUUUAAUACUGCAGGCGUUGUACCCUUUCAAUAUGGUGCUAUAGAAAUGGGCAAUCAGUAG